CUCGAUGACUGGAGUUUGAGACCCCUGCACUACACUAUAUGAGUGUACCAUAUUUUGUGCCAUAAUCUGUUUUCAUGUGCUCUCAUACAGGACAGACAAGGACAAAGAGACUAAAAGUCCUUAUCUCUUAAUUCACUGGUAUGGUGGGGUCGAAUACACAAAUGAGCAGGUGGUGACAACUGCCUGCAGGAUGCGUGUCUACAAAUUUCCCUUUGAUGUUCAGAGGUGCAACAUCACCUUCAAGUCUGUCAUGAAUGCUGAUAAUGAAAUAGAAUUAGUUUACAACAAAAACAAUGAAUCGAUGACAAAUUUGACACGCAGCAUGAUGUGGAACCAGUACGAGUGGACGUUCGAGGGCUUGACAUCCACAAGUAAAUCCAGUAUUAUAUAUCCACAUCAAACUGCAGUUGUUUACACUAUCACGAUGAGAAGGAGGUCAGUCCUCUACAUUGCCAAUUUCAUUUGUCCAGUGCUCUUCUUCUUGGUUCUGGACUUGGCUUCUUUCCUGAUCCCAGAUGCUGGAGGCGAGAAACUCAGCUUCAAGGUCACUGUCCUGCUUGCUGUCACAGUGUUGCAGCUUAUUCUGAAUGACAUUCUGCCCAGCACUUCAAACAGGGUUCCACUUAUAGCUAUCUACUGCAUUGGGAUUUUUACUCUGAUGCUGCUCAGCCUCCUGGAGACUAUUGUGACCAUGUAUCUGAUUGAGAAAGACUCUGCAGCCCAUCACAAUGAGAUGGAUGAAGAACAAAACCCGAGUGUAAACUGUGGAGACAAAUGGUGCAAAGCCAACUUCCACAGCUGUGUUAGAGGAAAGAAAUCUAGUGACUGUGCAUCUGUUUGUGAUGAAAGUGCCGAUGAAACACAAUCUGUGACUGAAGAGAGGAGCAACGACAAGCUGACAGAGGUGUCCCUUGGUCUUGAACAAGUCUCAGAUGAACUAAGAGAGAUUGGGCAAACAAUAAGUCUGCUCAUCGGUAACAGGAAGGAAGAGAAGUUCGGAUACUGGGCCAGAAUGGUUAAAAAAAUCAACAAGGCUUUCUUCAUUUUUUAUGUCACAACAGUCACUGUAUUUUUGUCAGUUCUUGUUUCAUUGUGGACCAGCUAAAGUUAAAAAAAAAUAUGAAAUCAUUAAAACAGACAGAACUUAUAUAUUUUUUUUUUCUCAUAAAUGUCAUUAAUUUCAAUCAGUCCAAAGAAAACAAAUGUCCCAUUGAGUACAGGUUGGU